CGAAUAGAUUCACAACUUUUUUUUAAGAUCCCAAAAUAAAAUUCAUUUAACGGCUGAAAUAAAGAGCGAUAAAUGUCUGUUAUUCAUUUCUAUAAAGUUAUAAACGUUCGUUAUCUUGCCUCGUUAUGUGUAUUAACAGUCCCGAUAGCAGCAGUGAUCUUUUACAAAAAGUUUUACAACAAACCCAAAAAAAGAAAAAUGCCAAAAGAAAAAUUAUUGGAGUUGGUUAAAGAGGAUGUGUAUACAUUGUUGGUGAAAAAAAUUGGCCACACGAGUUUUGAAGUGUUAAAUUUCUUUUUAAGCGAAUUUGAAGGAAAAAUUGGAUUGUUGGGCGAUCACAUGAUUUUAAAUACUUCAGUAAAUAUUUUUAUAAAUGGAAGGGAAGAGUAUGAUGUAACAUUUUUUGUUAAAUUUUUUCCGUAUUCUUCCGAAACGCAAAGGCACUUUUGUCUUGAAUCUGGGGCGUUUAAAAAGGAGAUUUUCGUUUAUGAAUUAAUGGAUCUUAUUAAGCAAUCAACGAAUCUUUUAGACUGUGUUCCAAAUUAUUAUUUUUCAAGAAACGAUCAUGUUAUAGUAACAGAAAAUAUGUCCGAAAGAAAUUUUAAAUUAGUUGAUAAGAUGCAAACUUUAAACUAUGACGAAGUGAAAAUAAUUUUACAAUCUUUAGCCAAAUUUCAUGCCAGCACGAUUAUUUACGAACAAAAACAAUCCGAACAACGUGGAUUAAAAUAUCGAUUAAUCGAUGAAUACCAAGAUGAUUUUGAGGAAACUUUUUUUAACGAUAAAGAAAAUUUUGUUAACGCAAGUGGAAUGAAGGCUUCUUUAAAAGGAAUUUUAUCGGAAAUCGACAUUUUUGAUUGCCCAAAAAAAUUAAAUUCCGGCAAAAACUUUAAAGAAGUCCUCGAAAACAUUUUUUUCGAUAUUUGCAAAUUAACAAAACCGAGUAAAACAAUCCGAAACGUUUUAUGCCACGGAGAUUUAUGGGCAACGAACUUCCUCAUUAAAUAUGACAACGACAAACCAAUCGAUUGUGUAUUUGUAGAUUUUCAACAAGGACGAUACUCACCACCUUCACACGAUUUGAUGUCAUUUUUAUAUUUAAAUACAACGAGAGAAUUCCGCAAAAAUAACUUAUACGAAAUAAUCGGCAAUUAUUACACGAUUAUGGAAAAAUUUCUUAAAGUACAUGGCAUAGAUAUUAAAGAAAUUUGGAAUUUUGAUGAUUUCGUAUCGAGUUGUGAAAACCAAAAAUUAUUUGCUUUGUUACAAACGGCGACUUAUCUCCAAUUGGUUUUAGCUGAUAAAGAUUAUCUCAAAAAAGUUAUGAAUGACUCCAAGUUGGGAUGGACUGUUUUAAAUGAAGAUAGAACUCCUAUGAUUGUCAAAAAUGUUGAGAAUGCAAUUUAUAGAAAUAGAUUAAAUGAAUCAAUUUUAGAUCUUUUAGAUUAUUGUGCAUAUUUAUAAAAUAAAAGGCAUUUUUUUAUAAUA